UCUCAACGGAAAACCGAAGUGCACGUGAUUUAAAUUUAACUAAAUUAAUUAAAACAAAACACGUUCUUCUCAGUUCUUUUACCACAAAAUUAAACCGAGCCAGUUACAGGACCAUGUCUAGAAGUCCAGAAAGAAAACGUCCUGCUGGAACUGGAAGUUCCAUGCAAUAUAAUCGCAGGUGUAGUUCCUUCAUUGAAAGCGGAAUACCUCCUCCAGUAGCGUACAAACUAGAAGAUCUGGUCCAUGACCAUCACUUGAAUGAAACCGACAUCGACGAACGUUUAGUUGAAACCAUAAAGAAGACGCUUCCCGGGAUCGUUACCGAUUCAUUGAACGAAUUUGUGGCCAAAAAAGACAAAGCUAAGGAUAAAGUUUCAGAUAAAUCAUCUCUUAUACGUGCUAUAAUAAUACGUCGUCGCAAGGAUCUCUGGAUGAAUUUGUUGAAAACGACAAAAUCCACAGAUGCUGAUCACAUAACGUCAAAUUUGAACGACAGACAUAAAUGUGAAAUAAAAAAAGAAUACUUCGACGUAUGUUCAUGCGUCGAUGCAAAAUUAUCCGCCAUUAAAAUUAUGAUGGAAUGUGCCACAGAUCAACCAGAAUUUGAUAAAUUAUUAGCAAACGAACACGCGGAAGAUCGAUCUUUCUUAAAAUAUGUCCGAAAUUCCUUAAUCAUCGAGAGCGAACCCGCAAAUGAUUUCAACAUUGCCAAUGUUAUCAAAGCGACUGAAUACAUCGUGGACUUGGGAAGUAAAAAUUUAUCCAUCGCGGCGAUCUUGAAAGCUCAUCGUUAUUUACGACCUACACAUUGUCCAAAAAAAGAAUUAGGCAAUUUGAGAUCAUACGAAGUCGUAGUCAAUGGACCAACGGGACAGACAAAAACUCCCAGCCCCAAGGUGGUUCCGAUCCUGAUGAAAAAAUUCAUAAGCGAGACCACACGACUAUUAUCAAAAGGCAACUUUCACACCGUACUCAAGGCUGGACUGAUUAAGCUUCUUUUCAUAGAAGUUCAUCCUUUAGCUGACGGCAAUGGUCGAAUCAGCAGAAUACUAUUGAAUACAAUUUUACGAGAAGAUGGAUUUCCUUGGGUUACCAUACCGAGCGAUCAGAUACAAACGUACUACGAUGUAAUAACGGAAGCAAUUAAGAAGCGAAAUUUCACACCCUACUAUAAGUUUAUUUGCGACUGCGUGAUUUCGUCGAUCAAGUCCCAUCAAGCCAUCGCAAAUUCAAGAAUGCAUACGACUCCUCAAUGAAAACACUCAGCUGAUUUCUCGCAACUUUCAACAUCGGCGAUAACCUGACACGAUUUCCUCGAACAUGAAACUGAAUAUAUCACCAUUUCUUCUCGGCAAUAAAGAGAAUUGCACUCGAACUUCUCGAACACCCUGUACAAGUGUACACCUAGAUAAUACGUAGGUUUAGGUACUAGAUAGUAGAUAGGUAAGCUAAGCUAAGUUCAUACGAAUACGAAAACGAGUAAAACGUUUGACAAAAUGACAUAGCGCGGUUACGUAAGUUGUUUUAAAACAAUUGCUUUUUCUCGGGGUACCCAUUAAUCACCUUCGUUCGGGGCUCUUCUAAAUACAACUCCGCCAGGACAACGCAUUACUUAAAUUGUUUCUUUUUUCCUCC